UUUGUCAUUUGUCUGCCACAUUCCACUUAACGUAAAUAAUAAUAAAAAAUAUUAUUCCUAAACUCCAUUAAUACAUAAAACUACUAUAACUAAUAAAUUAUUAAUGUCGACAUGAGUAUUAGACAAAAAUUUAUUAACUAAAAUAAAUCUAAAAACUUCAACAUGAGUGCAAUUUUUAACUUCCAAAGUCUUCUAUCAGUAAUUCUUCUGUUAAUUUGCACUUGUGCUUACCUGAGAUCAUUUUUUCCCUCACUUAUGGAUAGAAAUAAAACUGGAUUUUUAGGAACAUUUUGGAAAUGUGCAAGAAUUGGUGAAAGAAAAUCACCUUAUGUAGCAGUAUGCUGCAUUGUUAUGGCAUUUACUAUACUAUUUCUAACAUAGAUAUUAGUCAUGUAAGGGUUGUAUUUAAAUAAAAUACAUUAUAUUUUU